AUGACCUCCCCGACGUCCGGCUUCCAGGUCUCGCUGACGGCCGACCCUCUCGUCAAGGCCGUCACUGCAGCCGUGCGGCUGCACAUGUCCCGCUAUGACGGCUCCCACGACUUUUCCCACAUCCGUCGCGUCGUCGGCACGGCUGCCUAUCUGGCCGAACAUGAGCAGCAGCAGGCCGGUCCUUCCGUCUUGAACCUCCGCCUCAUUACGCUGUGCGCCCUCCUGCACGACGUCGGCGACCACAAGUACCUCGACAUAGACAAAACUGCGAGCAGCAGCGGCGAUGCCGACAAUGCCGACGAUGCCCUCCAUGCCUUGUUUCCCGAUCCGGGUGCCCGCGCCACCGCCGUCGUGCUGCGUCGCUGCGGUGCCCCCGAAGAGCUCGUCCGCCUUGUGCCCCUGCUCUGUCAGCACGUCAGCUGGUCCUUUGAGACUAAGACGGCCGCCUCGAUCGCCGCCACCGCCGAUCUGAUUGCUCGCUAUCCUGAGCUGGCCAUCGUGCAAGACGCCGACCGGCUCGACUCUAUCGGCGCCAUCGGCAUCGGUCGCGUCUUCGCCUACGGCGCCGCCCGCGGCGGUCGCACCCUUCAGACCAGCGUCGACCACUUUGACGACAAGCUGCUGCACGUCGGGUCCCGCAUGAAGACUGCUACCGGCCGUCGCCUCGCCCGCGAUCGCACCGACCGCCUGCACGUCUUCCUCCAGUGGUACCGCGACGAGGAUGCCGUGGCCGUGGCUGAUCCAUUGGAGCCGGUCCCCGUGCUGAAAGACUAG